AUGUCGUCUGCCUCUUCCGCCUCCCUUCGUGGCCUCUACAGCGACCGUAACACUGCAUGGUCAUUUGUAACCCCACCACCAUCUUCUGGAGCCAAUGCUUCAACAGCUCAGCCAGUCGCGGGUCCAGCCUACCAAUGGUCGUCUCGCCCAGCUCACAACUCAAUUUUCGACCUUUCUCCCGAACUCGCUGACCCAGCGGAUGGGAUAGACACCGUUCAUUUACUCAAAACGUUUGCUACAUCUGCCAUCCUACAAUACACAAGCAGUGCGAUUGCCAUGCCUUGGGAGGUUGGCAAGCUGCUCCUCCAAGUUCAAUGGGUGCCUCGCGACGCAGGCGAACCCGACUUGGUGGACCUGCCAGACGACGAAGAUGAUGCCUUGAGCGAAUCCUCAAACGAUAAUGACUCUUAUUUUGCUGAUCCGAACGCUAAUGCAACACCUCAACCCGGUUCAUCUUCUCUGCGCCAAACUGAUGAACAGGGCUAUAUUGUUCGCCGCUCUGUCCUUGAAGAAGGCACACGUCCAGAAUAUAUCAUCCCAGUGGGGAGUGCGAAUGGUGUCUGGGGCAUGAUCAAGCGUGUUGGUCGUUUUCGGGGUGAGGGUUGGCUGGCAUUGUGGAAAGGCUUGCUGACGACAUGCAUCAGCGAGAUUUUAUCGUCAACUUUCCAGCCCAUUCUCCGCAAUAUAUUGCAAACAAUCCUUCUUCCUCGGAAUGCCGUGUUCCACCGACCACCAUUGUUCAUUCCUGUGCUCUCUCACCUCAUCAUGGGCUUUGCACUCUCGCCGCUCGAUUUAAUUCGAACGAGGCUCAUCGCUCAAUCCUUCUCUUCCCGUCAUGUGACAUACACCGGACCCAUAGACGCGCUGUCUCGCAUUCUACGCGAAGAGGGUGGCCUGAAGGGCAUCUACCUUCACCCUCACCUGCUCAUUCCGACGAUCAUCGACAAUACACUACCAUCUUUUGUCUCCUUCGUUCUCCCUGGACUUUUAGCGUCAUAUAUCGGCAUCCAGAUAUCGGAAGAGACGCACCCAAUUGCUUGGGGCUUUGCUGAACUCACUGCCAGCUGCAUUGGCCUGCUAAUUACCCUACCUUUUGAAACUGUCCGUCGACGGUUACAAGUCCAGGUUCGUGGUAGCGCAAAGCCCAUCAAAGGUUGCGUCGAGCUACGGCCAGCACCAUACAAUGGUGUUGUAGAUGCCUUCUGGCAUAUUCUCACCGAGGAACGCUCGGAUCUUCCCAUUACGCCCAGCAAGCGAAAGCGACGACAAGGCAAAGGAAAAGAGCGUGCGGGAGGCGAUGUCCCACCACAGACCACCGAAGAAGAACAGGGAUGGAUGCGCAACACAGGCAUCGGUCAGCUGUACCGAGGAUUAGGAAUGAGGCUUGGAGCGAGCAUUAUUAUGUUCGCAUUAGCAUUAUUCAGUGGUGGCGAUGAUAUGAACGGAGGUUGGGCUGAGUUGUAA